AUGUUUCGCUUGCAACUAAUUGAUAAUGAUCUCAGAGGCCGACUGGCGUUGGUGACGGGAUCGAGUGGCGGAAUCGGUUCCGCUGUGGCCAGAGCCUUUGCCGCCGAAGGGUGCGAUGUUGCUCUACAUUACUCAUCAAACAAGGGCAAGGCAGACAAACUCGCACGAGAGCUUGGGGAAGCAUACCCAUCUCAAUUGUUCGUUACUGUGCACGCAGAUCUUUCACAAAGGGAAUCUACGCGAGCGCUAGUCCCAAGUCUAUUAAGCCAAGACCCUGUAUCAUCCAAACAUCGCGCCGUAACCAUCUUGGUAGCAAAUGCUGGGCUGGGACGGCGCAUCCGCGAUGUCUCAGAUAUUGGUGAAGAUGAUUGGGAUGAGAUGAUGGAAAUCAAUAGUCGUAGCCAGUUUGUGGUUACCAAAGCAUGCGUAGCUGGGAUGCGGCAACAAGGAUGGGGACGCGUUAUCCUCGUUGGCAGUAUUGCAGCUCGUGGUAGCGGCCUAAAUGGAUGUCAUUACGCUGCUUCAAAGGGAGCUCUGAGCUCAAUGGGACAGAACUUGGCCACCUUGUUAGCGCCCCAAGGCAUCACCGUCAACAUAGUGUCUCCAGCCAUGAUUGGGUCAACAGGAAUGAUUCCCCCGCCGAUAUCAAAAACUUGGGAGAAAGGGUGCGAUAUGGAAGAAUUGAAGAACACUGACCCUGGACUCGCUAUAGCAGCGUCGAUUCCAGUCCAUCGUUUGGGCUCCCCUGUAGAAGUCUGCAAUGCGAUAAUCAUUGAGGCUAGUGGCGUCCCAGGAGAUCCCCCAUGCCGCCGAUGCAUCGAAAAAGGCCAAGAAUGCGUUCUCGCUACCUCACGAAGAGGCGGCCGUCGCAUCAAAGGCCAGCGUCUUGGUCUUGGCCAUUCAAGCUCAAUUGCAGACUCCCACCAACCAUCGCCAGACCGGACCAUCACCCAGAUGAAUCCUCCUCCGGACCUCAACACCCAAACAGCCCGCGAGCCAGACGAGCAAAGCGAAUGGCUAUCAUCACAGCUCGAGUCAUCUCUGGACCGUCAAUCCGAGGACGAAGAUGACGGUCGCGACGCAGUGCAGCUCAAAGGCCAUUUCACCUCUUCGGAUCUUUUAAAUCCCUCUGACGCGUUAGAUCUGCUUGCGCAUGUGGCUGAUAUGGACCCUGAGGGACACGUUCAAUCACGCGAAGCGCCGGACGAGAUGGAGAAUCCAACAAGAAUCACAAAUCCAUCGCAGGGCAUCUGUCACUACCCACCCAUAGCUUCUGGAGCACUGACACUUUCUGAGGCAUCCUUCCUCAUCGAGCAUUACCGCAACAAUUUUCACAUCUUCUUCCCCAUCGCCUACAGCGCCAUCUUCGAUUGUGGCAGCAUCUCGGAAGCCAUCGAGGACGAACCAUACCUGAUGACAGCUAUCCUCACUGUUGCCACAAAGGAUGAUCCCUCUUGGUCCACAGCCCAUAAUUCCUGCGCUCGAUACAUGGAAAGCCAAAUCUCCAAGCUGAUAUAUACUGGUUCAACUACUGUCGGUGCAGUUGAGGCGUUGCUAAUACUUGCUGAGUGGGCUCCCCAGCCGCUGGAGGAAAACCUCAUGAUAGGCUGUGGAAAAGAGGACCAAGGGUCGUGGAUGCUUGUGGGCGUUGCUAUUCGUCUUGCAUACCUUCAAAAUCUGGAACAAACAGGGCUCACACAGCGAACUGUCGGUACUUCAGAGCUUUUGAGUAGAAAGCGAAUAGCUUGGGCAGCAUGCUAUAUGAGCGAUCGUCAAGUUUCGAUACGCCUCGGGAAGGGUUUCUGGUCUCGUGGACCAGGUCCAUCCGUGAAUUUACGAGCUUCCGAUUUCCCCUACCUCCAAACCCAGAAGCUGGGCAACGAUAACCUAGCUUUGUUGUUCCAAGCCCACCUCGAAAUUACUCAGUUGUUUAGUAACGCACACGAUAUUCUAUACUCGUCAACCAGCCAUCGGGAGCAGUUGUACAUGGGAGGAGAGUACGUACGAUACAUUGAUGACUUUUCCUCCGUCCUUCGAAAGUGGAAACUAUCCUGGGGCGGACUCAGCUUCAUUCCCCGCGUCAAAGCAUCUCUAAUGUUAUCCUACGAUUUUCUUCGUCUCUAUAUCAACGCAUUCGCGUUCCAAGCAAACCUCAAUCGUAUUGUCCGCCGAUCCAAGAAAAGCCCAUCUGGUCCUUUGUUUUCAGAACUUGCAGCAGCCCCUGAUGCGAGAUUUAUUUACGAGUCUAUCGACGCAGCAAAUUCCAUUCUUUGCACACUGAACAGCUUCAUAGACCCUGAUGAGGCUUUCAAGUACAUGCCUCUCAAAUUCUACCUUUAUGUUAUAUACGCUGCGGUGUUCUUGUUUAAAGCUAUCUUUGCCGGGGCCAUUAAACCCUCUGAAGCGCGCGGCGUACGUCGUGCCAUUCACGAGACCAUUUCUCGAUUACAGAAAACUUCCAAUAAUAAACAAGGUCUUGGCCAACGCUAUGCUCGAUCAUUAAGACUGUUAUGGCUGAAAAUGCUGGGCAAAUCGAGAUCGAGAAAUCCCGAAGCUCAAGGAUCUAAUGACUUAUCGACCUUACCGGGCCAUAGGCCCCUGCAGUCUCAAGUUGAGUCAAGUGAAUCACAAACGAACUUGGACCCGUUUAACAGCUUCUCGUGGAAAGAUCUUCACUCUUUAGGAGAGUUUAUAUCUGGUGAUGGAACAUCCCUUUUUAACGAUAACUUCAUUAUAAGUCCAGAGCAGGAUUCAGUUCAGGGAAUCGACGGGCCUGACUAUCUGAGUGGUAACCUUUACUAUCCUAGCUCAUUUAGUGAGAAUAAUAUCAUAUUCUAG